AGUUUUUCCCAAUACGGACCUCUUGUCUGGCGAUCAAAAAUGAAGAAGGCCAAAGAAGGGGCUACAAGAAGACUGAGGAUCGCUAGUGUUCUUUGCUUGUUUUUUAUGACUGUGGAAUUUGUAGGGGGUUAUUUUUCCAACAGUCUCGCUAUUAUGACGGACGCAGCCCACUUGCUGUCGGAUUUUGCGGGUUUCAUGAUCUCGUUGUUGGCUCUGUGGGUGGCUACCAAGCCCGCCACUACGACGCUCUCUUUUGGCUGGCAGCGCGCAGAGGUGAUGGGUGCAGUGAUAUCCGUUCUGUUCAUCUGGGUAUUAACCGGGGUCUUAGUUUACCUAGCAGUUCAGAGAAUCCUCACGAAACAAUAUGAAAUAGAUGCUCAAGUGAUGUUACUCACUGCGUCAGCGGGCCUCAUUAUAAACGUCCUAUUAGGUAUCAUACUUCACCAGAAAGGUCAUGGUCACAGCCACGGAUCCAAUCCUAAAAAGAAGAAAGGCAAAAGAAAAUCGCAAUCCCAAGCCUCACCAUCCAGUUUCAUUAUUCUAGAAGAAGAAGAAAACGUGAAUGUGCGGGCGGCGUUCAUUCACGUCCUGGGCGACUUCUUACAAAGCAUAGGCGUGUUUAUUGCAGCUCUUCUCAUAUGGUUUAAGCCAUCGUGGGCAAUCGCAGAUCCGAUAUGCACAUUUAUAUUCUCUCUGAUAGUUUUAGGAACCACAUUAGCUAUUUUGAAAGAUGCAUUAAUUGUGCUCAUGGAGGGAGUUCCCAAAGGGUUGAAUUUCAACACUUUAAAAGAAAGUCUCCUAGACAUCCCGGGAGUAUUAGCUGUUCACGAUCUUCACGUGUGGUCUCUAACAGUGGGAACGACAGCUAUAGCAGUUCAUCUUGUCAUAGAUGAUAGUUGUAGUUCACAAGCAGCUCUGGAAGAAGCGUCGCGAAUCUGCAGUCAAGAAUUCGACAUACAGCACAGUACAAUACAAGUAGAGACAUCUAGUGAGAAAACUGCCGAAUGUAUUCAAUGCGACGAACCUAAGUAAGGGAUUAUAAGAAAUAUAGCCGCUGGACGGCGGAAGACGUGAACGUGGACCCAUAGGAAGAAGUCACAUGAUCAAGCUUGUUCCAGCUUAUGUAUUGAGAAGAUUCAGCAAAUAUAGUUCAAGUUGUUGCCGGGUCAUUUGAAAUACGUUUCAAUCUUCUUCGUUCUUCCACAUCCUUGCAAAAUUUUACUUGGUAUUACAUCCAACCCCCUUCUGUUUGAAUUACGCUCACAUUUCGUAGGUUCCUUCAGUUUGACUACAGAUCUCCACGGUACAAAAAUCGAGGCGAAAUGUCG